AUGGAAUGGCCAAAUGAGAAGAAGAAUCAGUGUAUUGGAAGGAAGGAAGAAUUUCUCUCAUACACUGAAGAUCUCAUCUCUGCCUUUAUUUCACUUGUCUCAGUUCUUUUUGGCCUUAUAACUCAGCUGAUAUUGGGAGUUUUCAUUAAAUACUGGGACACCCCCAUAGUGAGAGCCAACAACCGGAGCCUGAGCUUCCUCCUCCUUGUCUCCAUCAAGCUGAGCUUCCUCAGUGUGUUUCUGUUCCUCGGUCGCCCUGUGGAUAUAACCUGCAUGCUGCGCAUCAUCACUUUUGGAAUCACCUUCUCCAUAGCUGUCUCUUCUCUCCUGGCCAAGACUAUCAUGGUUUGUGUUGCUUUCAAAGCCACCAAGCCAGGGAGCUCAUGGAGAAAAUGGCUGGGAGUCAAACUGUCCAAUUCUGUAGUCUUGUUCUGUUCAUCCAUUCAAAUAAUCAUCUGCAUGACUUGGUUGGCCAUUUCUCCUCCCUUUCAGGAACUGGACAUUCACACUUCCCCUGGAACCAUCAUCAUUCAGUGCAAUGAGGGCUCAGCUAUUGGCUUUUACUCAGUUAUUGGGUAUAUGGGGCUUCUGGCAGCUGUUAGUUUUGUUUUAGCAUUUUUAGCUCGGAGCUUACCGGACAGUUUUAAUGAGGCCAAGUACAUC